CAGGGUAGAGAGGUAGGCAAAGAAGUUCGGCAUUGCCCACAGUUAGAGAUGGAAGAUACAGAUCUGCAACGCUGUUUUAGUGUCUUACAGAAUUUGCUGUCAGAUCCUGCAUAUCUGUCUGCUAAUACCGAUGCACAGAAUGCUAAAACGAAAUUAUUACAGCUUCAAAAUGAUACCUUAGUCAUUGGUAAAGACGAUGUCCGGAAAGUGCUGGAUGAUGUUGGUAAAGCAGUUCAAGAUGAGAUAAGGACUGCAAAAGAUGAUUACAAGAAGGAUGCUGAAAGGCAAAAGCUAAAACUUAUUCAAAUGACCAAAAGAUAUGUCAGUGCUAUCGACAGUCAUGGAAAAGCGUCAAUGUCUCAACUAGAUAAAGCAUAUAAAUCUGCAAUGGAUGAAAUAGAAAAACAAAAACAAAAAUCGGUUAAAGAAGUACAAGCUGAAGGAAGAAAACAAAAGAAGAUUAUAAUGGCGAAAGGACGUACUGUUUCGAAAACUGUAACCGCAGAAGUUCAAACAGAAGCUGUCAACGUUAAGAGAAAAAUGACAGAAGAGUUUGAGGAAGAGGUUAAAAGGUUGAAAACAGAGGCGACUGCGGAAACCAGUGCUAAGGUAAUAACGAUCUCAUCAGAAGCUGGUAAAGCUGUAAAAGAAAUAGAGAAAGCCAAAGAUAAAGGUGUGAAAGAAAUAGGGACUGAAGCUGUUACUCGAACGGAACAAAUAAAAGAUUGUGCUGAAGAAGCAUUAAAACAUAUUGAGAAAUCAAAAGCAGAAAGCAAAGAAGAUACAUACAACAAAUUAAAAAAGGGUAAGUGUAAUUUCUUUAUAACCUCCAGUACUUAAACAUGAAGCAUGUGAUAUACCAUUAUAUACAUAAUCUGAUAUUUCAGUAAGCCGGUUCAAUCUUACUUAGCCUAAUCAAUUACUGGCUCAAGACAAUAGAAGUUUAUAUAUAUAUUGAUAAAGUGUAUAUACACUUUUAGUUCUUAUGACAGUAGCGUUGUUUGUGUCACGUGGUGGCCGUAAAAUGUCUCCUCGUACCAGAGCUUUUGUAUCCAGAUCUCUUCAGAUCGUUCAACACGACAUUUAUGUUGUGUAAGAAUGGUUAGUGUACUGUUUAGUUUUUAGCUCGAUCGUUUGUGGUGCUAAUACCCCGGAUUUAAAAGCUUUGGGUAUUGUUUCAUCACCUC